UGGGGGGCCAACUUCACGCACGUGUAGUUAACAAUAGUUAGUGUGUUGUGCACAAGCUGCAAACACAGAAGGGCUAGAGUAAUUCAAUCUGUAUACUCAGUUUGCGGCAUUAAACUUUAUAUACUUAACAUGGACACCGCAAAUGUUGUAGAUCGAACAUAGCUGUAUAUAUCUUCCAGAUUUUACGGUAUAAGGCAGCUAACGUAAUGCACAUGGCGUAAUGGCGUCAUACAGACGUAAAGGGACGUUUUACACAUCGGAUUCUGGAUGUUUAUUGUUUGAGCCAGGGCUGCGGUCAACGGCAGGCAAGAUGUUGCGGCUUCGCUGUAAAACAAAAAAUGGGAGCCACAUAAUGCAGGGUUUGACUCAUCAGUCCUGCGUCCAAGAGCUGAAGACUAAGGUGGAGGAGCUGACUGGUAUUCCCUGUGAUGUGCAGAAAAUUAUGGUUGGUUACCCACCAUCCAGCCUCGAUCUUCGAAAUGGAGAUGCUCACCUCAAGGACUACCCCAUCAAAUCAGGAGACACACUCAUUGUUGAAGAAGAAAAAAACAAGCCAAAGCCUCAGGAUCGUCCCACUGUGACAAAAGCACCAUGCCUGGAAGCCUCACCUGUGUUGGCACGCCGGGUGGUCCCAGCUGACAACUCCUGCCUCUUCACCAGUGUGUAUUAUGUGGUGGAAGGUGGUGUAUAUGACCCUGCCUGUGUCCCUGAGAUGCGAGGCCUCAUCGCUCAGAUUGUGUCGAGUGACCCUGCGGCUUACUGCGAAGCUGUGUUAGGAAAGACCAACGAGGAGUACUGCUCCUGGAUAAAACGUGAUGACACCUGGGGAGGAGCCAUCGAGGUGUCCAUCCUCUCCAAGUUUUACCAGUGUGAGAUCUGUGUGGUGGACACUCAGACAGUCCGAGUGGAUCGAUUUGGGGAGGAUGCUGGCUACCACAAACGUGUGCUGCUCAUCUAUGAUGGCAUCCACUAUGACCCACUCCAGAAAGAGAUCCCUGGCUCUGACGCCCCGCCCCAGACUAUCUUCUCCACCACAGAUGACAUAAUCCUGGCCCAGGCCCUGGAGUUGGCAGAUGAGGCUCGCCGUAAACGACAGUUCACGGACGUUAACCGCUUUGCAUUGCGUUGCAUGGUGUGCCAGACAGGCCUGGUGGGACAAAAGGAAGCUCGUGAGCAUGCUAAGGAGACAGGCCACACCAAUUUUGGUGAAGUGUGAACAUUUUGCUCAACCACCACCAACCCCUGCACCCCACAUCUGGCAACACUGUUUGUCUGCUUGUGUGAUCCUCUACCUCACAUUGUCCUGCAACAUCUAUGGAUAAUCUGCAGACUCUAGGUGAAUCCCAGUUCCCUUAUUUUAUCACUCCUCAGUCCUUUAUCUCCACUUGAUCCAUCUUAAACCUCUUAUCUGCUCUGAGGAGCAAGAAGUGAGGAGGCUGCGUGGAGGAGCUAUAAUCGAGGAUACAUGAGUGUGGAACUCUGUUACGGGUUGACAUGCCCCUGUAUUGAAAAUCAAUUUGAGAUUAGAUACUUCAGAUGAAGGACCAGAGGAAAGGAUGUCAGUUAAAACAUGUUUCCUCGGUUCCUCUCCCCUCGCAUUUUACAUGGGCGGGGUCUAAGAUGCCAGUGAGGGAAACAUGGAUGCAAUUGGGGAACUGGGAUUCAACUUCUGUGUUCAGCCUGCUCAGUGUUACUUUUUAACUGCUCUCAGUUCACAGUGUCAGAAAUGUAUGGGAGAGGAUUGGGGCCACAGUAAAAAUAUGAGUUCUGACUUUUUUGUUUGUUUUAAAGCCAGAACACACUUAAAUUAAUUAGAGUAACUACUGUAUAUACAUGUACUGAGCAGGAGUUGGAAAGCUUCAGAAACUGCUUGAGAAAUGUAAACAAAUAGGCCUGUAGCCUAGGCUAAGCCAGUAUUGUAAAUCCUACAAGCUAUUAGCCUAUCUAUAAUGAAUGAGCUUAAAUAUAAUUCUUUUCAAAGAAGUUUUUUUUUUGGCAUAGUAUUUUGGAAGUUGAUGAUAAAAGAAUGGAAAAAAAAAAUCGCAUUGGGUUUUUUCCUUUAAUACCCCCUAAAACUUAAAUUUGCAUGGCAUGAUAAUUUUCAUACUGUGAAACUGGGAUACCGCUGCAACCCUACAGGACGCAAAGUAGAUUUUUUACAGUGGCCCUGACCCUCUUUGGUAGAAAUGCUAAUUGUUCUGAUGUGAUUAAACAAUAAUGUCUGAUAGAAUAGUUUCAGAUCUGAUUAACUUGGUCAAGUAAAAUAUGCAAACAAUUCUUAGGACAUGUUUUAAUCUCUUUAGAUGACUCAGUGGCUGGGCUGUAUUGAGACUGAUGGCUUUUAUAUACUGUAUGUGACGAAACCCCACCGUCUGGCUCUACAAAUAGUUUAAAACACCCACUAAGAAUUAUUUGCACUUUGUGGUCCUGUUCACUGUUGUCUUAGACACGACACACUAAGUUUGACUGUUACUCAUUUUGUUGGUUAUGUAGCAUGUUUUUUAUUAUCCUUUGUGGACAUGUUUGUUAGGAACUUUUCCGAUACUUAGAACUGAUAAUUUGGUUUGACUUGUUCAGAACAGAUGGGCUGUAAUAAUGCUAAGCUGGAUUUAUCUACGUAUAUACACAUGUGCUAUCUGUGACAUCCUUUUGAAUUUAAUGAGCAGUGGCCAGUGGGAAUGGAUUUUGAGACUGCAGUUAUGCAUUUUGAAAUACAUAUAGCAAAUUUUGAUCCACAAUUAUCCCAGUUACUACAAAUUUUCUCUCCUUUUUGAUGUUGCAAUGCCAUUUAUCUGCAAGUUUGUUUUAAACUAGACAAAAUUUUAACAUUAUGGUGCUGAAACAAAACAUUUCAUAAAAUUUACUGUAUAGCGCUUUGAUUUUCUCCACUGGAACGAUGAGUUAUCAGGAGUAACUGGUGAGCAAUUGUCAUCUGUCAUGCUGGAAGAACUCAUCUUUUUGAAUUUAUUUUUGCUGUUUUAUAUUGCUGCAAGUUUAGAAAAACACAAAGCAUUGUGGGGUGUUUGGCCAUUGCAUUACUAAACAAUCAUGGUGAAAGGACAGUGUACUGACUAGAAAUCUGAGGCGAGUGAUGUUGUAGGAGAGAUUUUUCUCAAUAACCCUUCAUUUACACUGGGUGCAGCUGCAUUUCAUAACAACUGUAACUGUUAACUCAGCCUAACUUAGGUUACAGCAAAUCAAUAAACAGUUAAAACAGACAAAAAUGAAAGCAUUUAACUACGCAGCCUACUCAUUGUAGAAGCUCAAAAACAAGGAGAAGAAAGCCUACACAAGUCUGCACCACAGCCGCACGUGGUGUGGGACGAAGCCCUGCGGAGGACACAGCAAUACGCAUCACAGACGAAUGUGACAGUGACACCCAGUGGAAAUGAGUUGUUUGGCUACGUUCACUUUGCAGGCCUUAAUGAUCACUUUGGGUUUUGUUCCUGUCAGAUCUGAUCUUUUUGUGUUCAUGGUUCACAUUUAUGCCUUUAAGUGAUAUAUAUCUGGCUGCAUUUGUAAACACUUGAGGUCCUAAACCAUUAACUCUCAGAUUUUAAGUGAAAUAUGAGCUGUGUCAUUAGUACAAAGGUCAGAUUGUACAAGUUCCUCAGAAACUACUUGUUUACGAUAUGUUUGAUCACUUCGGCAUGUAAUGUGAACGUAGCCUUAAUGCAUUUACUGUUGCGGCAGUCCAUGCUUGAUAAGUUUUGUUAAUCAGUACUGGCCAUUUCCUUUGCAGUUUUAAUUUUUAAUCUCACGUUUACAGCCCAUAGCAUGGCUCUUUGGGCUCCAGUAGUAGUGCUUGUCCAAACUGCUACUCUGAUCCACUGUAUGUUUUUGCACAAAUGGAAUAUGUUCUCACAUUUUCAGCUAAAGAGAGGUAUCAUCUCUUUGCUUACUUGAUACUCACUGCCUAUAGGGAUCAUGAAUGCGGUUAUAUUAUGGCUAGCUGGAGGAGGCCAUUACGAUAUUCCACAUACCUGUGAUCACAGUAUUGGCACUGAGGUGAUGCCAAAAACAUGUCACAUCACAGCGGAGAACUGGAGUGGAGCUUUCUUUAAGAGCAGGUGUUGGGAAUAUAUGAAAGAAAGGGGAAAUAAAUCAAAUUAUUUCAUUGUUUGGAGUACCCUACAUCUGUUACCUUAAGUAGUUUAACAG